AUGGAAGCUUCUGGAUUGAGUUAUGCUAGUGUCAAGAUGAGCCAAGGCCUUGGGCGCGGUAUCUCGGGCCUCUUGAUCCAUCAAAGUCUCCAUGGGCUCUACUUAGGCGCUCGUCGGACAUGUCUUGUCACUCGCAUCAACCAUCCACCAACCUCCGCUUACAGUAGAUCCACCCCAAGUCGUCCGCGCUCACUCACUGAGUCAAGAGAAGGUCUUCAAACGUUCUCCGAUUUCGAAUGUGGGAUUGAAUUAUCGUCAGCUCCGUCGACGGUCGAUCCACAUUCAUCACUGGCAGAUCCCACCAAUGCGGAGGCGGAUCAGAGGCUAAACAGGACCAGGACGUUUUCGAGGGACUGUGUAGCGUCAAGAGAUCGCCGGAGAGUGAGGGAUCUGGUAAUCAUGGUUAAAGUUUUGCAGGUUUGA